UAUUUGAUUUAACAUUUUGUGUCUUAUCGAAAAUUUUUAGCCUUUUCUUUUUUUAAUCUUUGGUUUAUCGUGAGCCACCAAACGCACGAUCGAAAAAAUAUCUUUCACUCAGUAGACAAUGGAGCAUAAGGACGAUAAUGUCACAGAUAUUGAGAUGAGGCAGAAAUUAUCGAAAGAUAACGAAUCAUCUCCGAACAAAAACGGCAGUGGCGAAUCAAGCGCCACUGAUGAUAACCCUCCAGUACCGCCGAAGCGAGAUUACGGCGUCGACAACGUCGAAACGCAACCACCGCCUGAGUACGCAAGCGUGAAGAAAAGAAAGAAGUUAAUUUCAUUCCCACCUAGGCCAGAGUUUGUUUACAAACCUGAAAACACAGCAGCCUCAAUGACGUGCCUCAAGAAUUCUAUGAUUAUCACCCACCUGUUGAUAUGGCUCCUCGGAGCCGGUAUCACAGCUGUGGGCAUCUGGCUGAAAGUAGACAAAGACUUCUACAAAAUCCAGGAGAAUCUGGACAUCAAGCAGUUCGAUACAGCCACCACCAUCCUCAUCAUCGUCGGAGUGGUCGUCAUGGUCAUCGGCUUCUGCGGCUGCUGGGGAGCCAUUGCGUCCAAAAUCUGGAUGCUCGUUAUCUUUUCUAUCAUUAUGAUCAUUAUCAUAAUUCUGGAAAUCGCUGUAAUAGCGCUUGUAUGGACAUCUGUCGCUAGUCAAAAUAUGCAAGAAGACAUCAAACUGAAAGCCAAAGAUGCUCUACAGCACAUAACUGAAGAUAAAAACAAACAACUUUUCAUUGAUUUAAUUCAAUCUAGGCUUGCGUGUUGCGGUGUUGAUGGACCCGGAGAUUACAGUCUUGAUCCUUUGCAUCCUAAGCCAAUCCCGGGCUCAUGCACGCCCAAAGGUUCCGCAACUCCCUACUCAAAGGGAUGCUAUGCUGCCGUUAUUGAUUUCUUAAAAGGCAAAGCUGCCCUCGUUGGUGGGGUAGCAGUAGCUGUUUUAUUGUUACAACUUGGUGUCCUGGUAUUCACAGUGUGCCUUAUCUGCAGUAUUAAAAACUCUGCGUCAAACGUUAUCUUUUGAAGAUAGUGAGAUUAUGUAUUAAGAGACUGUUAUUUUUAUUUUGUUUGUACAUGAUCAAAAUAGAUAUUUUUGUACUUUUUAUGAAAGAAAUAAAGUAUUUUAAUUGAA